CUUGAAUUAAACACAUAUAGGUUGUUCAUCUUAGUUUCUUAAUUGAAUUAAAUCACUCAAAACCAAAACCCCCCUUUUUAUUACUAGUUUCAUAGAAAGAAAAUCAUUCCUUUCCCUGUGGAUACGAACUCUACUACGCUAUACUACGUAUAAGUGUUUAGUAUUGAAAUUAUUUUGACGCACCGUGACAAAGUGCUCGUCAGGGGUCACUCUGGAGCACAAGCUACAUUGAAAAGAACAGGAGCUUUGUUCUACUGGAAGAGAAUAGAGAGAGAUAUAAGGGUAUUCAUUCAAGAGUGUGGAAUCUUGAAUGAAUUGGAGUAAUGUCUUACAAGCCUCGGCAGGAAGUUUACAGCCCCUUCCCAUUCCGGAGGCUAUAUGGAGUAAUGUCUCUAUGGAUUUCAUAGAGGGGUUACCUAAGUCUCAAGGAAAGGACACCAUUUUAGUGGGGGUCGAUCGUUUGAGUAAGUAUGCUCAUUUCAUCCUAUUAACUCAUCCUUUCUCUACCAACACAGUAGCUAAAGCAUAUAUGGAUAAUGUUUUUAAGCUACAUGGUAUUCCUAAAACAAUUGUUUGUGAUAGAGACAAGAUCUUUUGCCAAGAUCUUCUGUUAUCCACUGCAUACCACCCUCAAACGGAUGGUCAAACCGAGAUUGUCAAUAAAGGAUUGCAGACCUAUUUGAGAUGCAUGACUGGAGAAAAUCCUAAAGAAUGGGCAGCUUGGAUUCCUUUAGCAGAAUGGUGGUACAACACCAAUUAUCACUCUGCCAUUGGAAAAACACCAUAUGAAGUGGUAUAUGGUCAGCCUCUUGACAUACAUUACCCUUAUGUGGUCGGAGAUAGUAGAGUUGAGGAAGUGGAUAGAAGUUUUAGGGCCAAAGAAGAGUGUAUUAAAUUGCUAAAAUUUCACUUGAAAAGAGCCCAAGAUAGGAUGAAAAUCCAAGCUGACAAACAUAGAACUGAUAAAGAGUUCUUGGAAGAAGACUGGGUCUAUGUUAAAUUGCAACCCUAUAGACAACACUCGGUUGUUUAUAGAAGGCAUCAGAAAUUGGCUCCUAAAUUUUUUGGACCCUUUGUAAUUGAAAAGAGAGUUGGCAAAGUGGCAUAUAAACUGAAGCUGCCUGAACAUUCCAAGAUACACCCUGUGUUUCAUAUUUCUCAGCUCAAGAAACAUCAUGGAGAAGUUCCUGUUGCAAGCUACUUACCUAUGGUAGAUGAACAAGAACUAUUGAAGGUACAACCUUUAGCUAUAUUAGACAGAAAAAUAGCAAAGAAAGGAAAUGCAGCAACAGUCUAUUGGUUAAUACAAUGGGUGAAUGGAGGGAAGGAGGAUGCUACCAGGGAACCUUAUGAAGACAUUGUUCAGAGAUAUCCAGACUUUAUAGCUACCUUGCAGUAAGCUUGAGGUCAAGCUUAUCUUAAGGGGGAAAGAUUGUUACGUG